ACUAUUUAAUUUUUACAAAAAAAAUCAUGAAGCUGAUUAAACUUUUUACUGGAACCCUCAAAUAUCAUCCUGCAAGAAUGUUCAAAGCAAGGUUAUUUGCCAAUACAACUAUAAAUAAUCUAAGAGAAGGAGACCAAGUGUCAGUUUUCAAAGUGAUAACAAAUGAUGACAUACUCAAGUUUGCUGAAUUGACAGGUGAUUAUAAUCCAAUACAUGUCGAAUCAGCAAGAAACAUUGUGCACGGUGCUUUUCUCAAUGGCCUAGUGUCGGGAAUAAUAGGUACAAAGUUACCUGGUGCCGGUACUAUAGUUAUCGAGCAAAAUCUUACGUUUCCUAAACCGUGUUAUGCUGGUGAAUCUGUAGAAGUUAUAGUAAAGAUUGUGUCUGUAAGAAAAAUUAUUCUAUGUACCUACAUGUGUAUCGCUAAUGGAGAAAAGGUUGUAUUGGAAGGAGAAGCAAAACUUAUAAGGAAAAUGUUAUAAAUUUCUGGUCAGAGUUGUAAGGAUUUUAAUAAAAAAUUCUAUCUUGUAGUACACACAUAUGAUUUAAUAUAAACUUUUUUAUUAUUAACAUCUUGACAUGAAGGACGAAUGUUUGCAUACUUUACGAUAGAAACUAUGUAUCUGAAAAGCUAUUUCUGUUUAUUGUUGCAAAAGUAAUUGUUACCUAAAUAUAAGUAAAAUUUUAAAUUCGACAAAAUUAUCUGUUUACAUAUCUCAAACAUAAAACAUAUAUAAAUC